AUGAUGAAACUCAUUGUUGUCCUUACUGUAUUCAGUUUGUUGUUUGCUAUUCAGUUUUCCAAUGCGGAUGAACUAGAGAGUCCAUCUGAACCUCUGGCAAUACAUAUGAAAGGAGGACCAGGUUCACUUACACCAGAAGAAUGUCCGAAAGCAUGCGAUUUUCGAUGCUCAGCAACAUCUCACCAGAAGCCAUGCCUAUUCUAUUGUAACCUUUGUUGUAAAAAGUGUUUGUGUGUGCCAUCCGGAACGUAUGGAAAUAAAGAAGAAUGUCCUUGUUAUAAUAACUGGAAAAACAAGGAUGGUGGACCUAAAUGUCCAUGA